UUCACUAAUUCCAUUCAAAAACUGAAACUUGUAUAUUAUAUUCAUUCAUUACACACAGACUGAUAUAUUUCAAAUGUUUAUUUCUUUUAAUUUUGAUGAUUAGAGCUUACAGCUUAUGAAAGUCAAAAAUCAGUAUCUCAAAAUAUUAGAAUAUUACUUAAGACCAAUACAAAGAAAGGAUUUUUAGAAAUCUUGGCCAACUGAAAAGUAUGAACACGAAAAGUAUGAGCAUGUACAGCACUCAAUACUUAGUUGGGGCUCCUUUUGCCUGAAUUACUGCAGCAAUGCGGCGUGGCAUGGAGUCGAUCAGUCUGUGGCACUGCUCAGGUGUUAUGAGAGCCCAGGUUGCUCUGAUAGUGGCCUUCAGCUCUUCUGCAUUGUUGGGUCUGGCAUAUCGCAUCUUCCUCUUCACAAUACCCCAUUGACCGGCGAGUUUGCUGGCCAAUUAAGAACAGGGAUACCAUGGUCCUUAAACCAGAUACUGGUUGCUUUGGCACUGUGUGCAGGUGCCAAGUCCUGUUGGAAAAUGAAAUCUGCAUCUCCAUAAAGUUGGUCAGCAGAAGGAAGCAUGAAGUGCUCUAAAACUUCCUGGUAUACGGCUGCGUUGACCUUGGACCUCAGAAAACACAGUGGACCAACACCAGCAGAUGACAUGGCACCCCAAACCAUCACUGACUGUGGAAACUUUACACUCGACCUCAAGCAACGUGGAUUGUGUGCCUCUCCUCUCUUCCUCCAGACUCUGGGACCCUGAUUUCCAAAGAAUAUGACAGACAGUUAGCACCCACCAAAGCCAUGGCGGCGGCUUACCUGGACCCCAACCUGACCCAUGCCCUGAACCAGGGGGUCAAGCCUCGCUUCAGUGCAGGGAUGGAGCGGACGGCAGGGGCUCUGGAGCGCGUACUCAGAGUCUUCCACUACUUCGAGAGCAGUAGUGAACCCUGCACCUGGGCCAGCAACAUCCGACACGGGGACUCAACCGAUGUCAGGGGCAUUAUACAGAAGAUCGUGGACAUCCAUAAGGUGAGGUGUGUGUCCUGCUUUGGUCUGCGCCUGAGCCACCUGAGAACAGGUGAAGUUCAUUGGCUGCACCCCGACAUGGGCGUGUCUCACGUGAGGGAAAGGUACGAGCACAGCCAUCCCCAGGACGACUGGAGAUAUGAGCUACGGAUUCGAUACUUGCCUAAAGGAUUUUUAAACCAGUUUACUGAGGACCAGCCAACUCUCAACUACUUUUAUCAUCAGGUGAAAAGCGAUUAUAUGAUGGAGAUUGCCGAUCAAAUUGAUCAAGACAUAGCACUUAAACUAGGCUGCCUUGAAAUCAGGCGGUUUUUCAGGGACAUGCGUGGAAACGCCCUGGAUAAAAAAUCUAAUUAUGAAUUAUUAGAGAAGGACGUUGGUCUGCGGAGAUUCUUUCCAAAGAGUUUAUUAGACUCCGUGAAGGCUAAAUCCCUGCGGAAACUGAUCCAGCAGACUUUUAAACAGUUCGCCAAUCUGAACGACGAGCAGUGUAUCCUCAAGUUCUUCGAGAUCCUUUCACCUAUAUACAGAUUUGAUAAAGAGUGCUUCAAAUGCGCUCUCGGGUCGAGCUGGGUGAUAUCAGUGGAGUUGGCCAUCGGACCCGAGGAGGGCAUCAGUUAUUUGACGGACAAAGGCUCAAACCCAACACACCUCGCUAACUUCACACAAGUGCAGAGUAUCCAGUUCGAGGAGAGAGAUAGGAAGGGAACGCUGCAGUUAGAUGUAGCUGGAGCACCUGAGCCUCUGACGGUAACGAGUACAACACUGAACACAGCAGAGAACAUGGCUGAUCUCAUCGACGGUUACUGUAGACUUGUUAAUAGAACUUCUUCAUCGUUUAUUGUCCGUGUACAGAAAGAAGGAGAGAGAGCUCUUCCAUCUAUCCCAAAGGCUCCAAGAUCAGCAAACCAUGAGAAACGGUUGCAAGGAGUCCGGGCCAAAGCCAUCUCCGUUUCAGAUGAUAUUGGUGGGGAUGAAACAGACGACUACGCUGAGAUCAUUGACGAAGAGGACACAUACACCAUGCCUUCCAAAUAUUAUGGACUAGACGAAGCCAGGGACUAUGAGAUCCAAAGAGACAGAAUUGAGCUGGGACGCUGUAUAGGAGAGGGCCAGUUUGGAGACGUCCAUCAAGGGAUUUACAUAUGUCCGGAGAACCCAGCUCUUUCUGUGGCGAUAAAGACGUGUAAGAAUUGCACCUCGGACAGUGUUCGAGAGAAGUUUCUCCAGGAGGCCUUGACCAUGCGACAGUUCGAUCAUCCGCAUAUUGUAAAGCUGAUUGGCGUCAUUACAGAAAACCCAGUGUGGAUCAUCAUGGAGCUUUGCACGCUGGGGGAGUUGCGUUCCUUUCUUCAGAUUAGGAAGUACAGUCUGGAUUUAGCAUCACUCAUCCUGUUUUCUUACCAGCUCAGCACAGCUCUUGCAUACCUGGAGAGCAAACGCUUUGUACACAGGGACAUUGCGGCACGGAACGUUCUGGUGUCCUCAGUGGACUGUGUGAAGCUGGGAGACUUUGGUUUGUCUAGAUACAUGGAGGACAGCUCUUAUUAUAAAGCCUCUAAAGGAAAACUACCUAUUAAAUGGAUGGCGCCAGAGUCAAUAAACUUCAGACGUUUUACCUCAGCCAGUGACGUGUGGAUGUUUGGGGUGUGCAUGUGGGAGAUAUUAAUGUAUGGAGUGAAGCCGUUUCAAGGCGUGAAGAAUAACGAUGUGAUAGGCCGGAUCGAGAACGGCGAGCGUCUGGCAAUGCCGCUCAACUGCCCUCCAACCCUCUACAGCCUGAUGACCAAGUGCUGGGCGUACGACCCCAGCAAACGACCACGAUUCACUGAGCUCAAAGGCCAACUGAGCACAAUCCUUGCGGAGGAGAAGGCUCAGCAGGAGGAGCGCAGCCGUAUGGAGAUGAGGAGACAGGUCCCCGUAUCCUGGGACUCGGGAGGCUCGGACGAAGCACCACCCAAACCCUCCCGCAGACGCCCCCUCCAGCACAGCUUCAGUAUGGACUGUCUGUCUGCAUCCGCGUCUGCUGCUUCUCACCCUCCACAGCAACCCUUUGGUUCCCAGAUCUCCCUUUGCAUCCGUCAGCCCAAGCCGCCUGCCUCUCCUCUGGGGCCAUGUGAUAAAACCAUCAUUAACCAAUCACCACAUAUGCAGCAAUCGCUACACCAGUACACUCAUGCUAAUACACAACAGCUUAGCAUUCUUCCCCAGCGUUCGUUCCCGCAAACUCAGACCCCGCUUCUGCUUCAGCCGUUUCCGCUGCACUGCUCCCUGCUGUUCCCUCAGGGGCCCAGAAGGACUCCCUCUGUACCCCCCAGUGCCACCCAGCCUGCUUUCUUCGACCCCUACUAUCCCUCAAUGCAACAGCUGAGCCUGACCCACGUGCCCUACAGAUUCUCACAGCCCAGUCGACCUGGUUAUCCAAGUCCCCGUUCCAGUGAAGGGUUCUACCCUAGUCCUCAGCACAUGGGCCAGCACAAUCAUUACCAGAUGGGAGGGCACACUGGCCCACACGGCUUGCUGCCCGUGCCAGUUGGGAUGUACCCUCCCCAGGCCUCAGGGACUGGACUUGAUCCCCACGAAAGCUGGAACCACCGCAGGGCUGCUCAGGAUCACAUGUGGAAUCCCAGCAUGGAGGAUGGUGUGGCUGUGCGUGGAGGUCUGUCUCAGCUGAUGGAGGAGCAGUUAUUACUGCAGCAGCAGCAGAUGGAGGAUGACCAGCGCUGGUUGGAGCAGGAGGAGAGACUACUGAAGCCUGAUGGGAGAAGUUCCAGAGGCAGCAUUGACCGUGAUGAUGGAAGCCUUCAGGGACCAACUGGAAAUCAGCACAUCUACCAACCUAUAGGGAAAGCAGAACACGCAGCUCCUCCUAAAAAGCCUCCUCGGCCCGGAGCUCCCAGCCACCCAGCAGGAGUCUCCAGCCUCAACCCUACAGACAGCUACAAUGAAGGCGUGAAGAUUCAGCCUCAGGAGAUCAACCCGCCCCCAACAGCUAACUUGGAUCGCUCCAACGACAAGGUCUAUGAAAAUGUGACCGGGCUGGUAAAGGCUGUGAUUGAGAUGUCUAGUAAAAUCCAGCCAGCUCCCCCUGAAGAAUACGUGCCCAUGGUGAAGGAAGUGGGAUUAGCACUGAGAACACUGCUGGCCACUGUGGAUGAGACGAUACCUUUACUACCGGCUCACACACACAGAGAGAUCGAAAUGGCUCAAAAGCUUCUAAAUUCAGACCUGGCUGAGCUGAUCAAUAAGAUGAAGUUGGCCCAGCAGUACGUCAUGACCAGCCUGCAGCAGGACUAUAAGAAACAGAUGCUAACAGCUGCACACGCACUCGCCGUAGAUGCUAAGAACCUGCUUGAUGUGAUUGACCAGGCCAGGCUGAAGAUGUUGGGCCAGGCACGACCGCAUUAGCCCCCGCUAGAGGACACAACGACGCAUGUGACGCCCUGGAAAAACACACCAGCACAGACUUGUACACUAAUGGAGUCUCACGGGCCCUUUCACUACUCACUGACCCUCACGUUUAAGCUGCACGGUAGACCACAGGCGCCGUGAGGAGGGCUCUGGAUUUAUUUAACGGAUGAGCUGGACCGGACCAGAUUCAUCACGACUGGAUCUCUUGGAGAACAUAGUGAGCCGAUGACUGGACGCUGAGAGGGCGAUUCUGACCUCCGCUAUGAGCGGAAAAGAGACACUCUUACACUGUAUCUAAUAUGUCUGUGUUUCAUUGACAAGCCCAAGCUCCACAGCCAGACCACACAAAUCUAGAUCCCGCUCGGCUCGGGUUCUGGCUCUAGAAUCAUAGAAGUUGAGACUCUUUUGCACAGUAGAACUUGAGUUGAGACUGGAUUCGAAAAAUCUGGGUUUGCUUUGCGGACUCCCACGCUUCUCCCUAGGACUAAGAGGGACGGCGUUGUAUAUUUGGGCCUUGUGCCACCUAGAGGUAAAAUAAAGCUAUGACUGAAUUAAAAAUGAGUGUCGGAGUCGUCAUGUUUACUGGUUUGAAAAGAAAAUGUAAAGAAGAGAUUGUGAUUACACAUAGGAACGUGCAACAGAUUAGUUAUCUGUUCUGUUAUCAGAGAAAAUAUACAGUAAUAUGGGUAAAAUAUUCUUACGGAUUUUGUGAAAUGAUGAGUGCAGUUUUCUUUCCUGUGUUGAUGUAUUUCCUAUUGUGUGCGUGCGUGUGUGCGUAUAUAUAUGUGUAUAUAUAUAGUACUUGCAACAGUCUAUAUAUCUGUAGUAGACUUCCUGUUUCAAUUUGAAAUAUGUCAACGCAUGAAAGAAAUAUAGAAAAUAUAUAUAUAUACAGUCAUGGCCAAAAAUAUCGGCACCCUUGGUAAAUAUGAUCAAAGAAGGCUGUGAAAAUUAAUCUACAUUAAUCCUUUUGAUCUUUUAUUUAAAAAAUUCACAAAAAUCUUACCUUUCAUUGGAUAAUAAGAGAAUAUAUAAAUAAAGAAUAUAUUUCUGAACAAAUUAGUGAAGUAUCUUUAAGAAAAGAGCUAGAGCAGUGAAAAUUCCCAUUUCCACCAUCAGGGCAAUAAUUAAGAAUUUCCAAUCAACAUAAAAUGUUAGGAAACUGCCUGGAAGAGGACGUGUCUAUAUCAUCCUAAUGCACGGUGAGAAGGAGAGUUUGAGUGGCUAAAGACUCUCCAAGGACCACAGCUGGAGAAUUGCAGAAAAUAGUUAAAUAGUUAAAGGUCAGAAAACCUUUAAAAAAAUUGUCAAACAGCCCCUACAUCACCACAUGAUGUUUGGGAGGGUUUCAAGAAAAAUUCUCCUCGCUCAUCCAAAAACAAACUCCAGCAUAUUCAGUUAUCAGACACGACACGACUUCAAAUGGGACUGGCUUCUAUGGUCAGAUGAAACUAAAAAAUGAGCUUUUUAGCAGCAAACACUCAAGAUGGGUUUGGUGAACACAGGGAUAAAAAGUACCCCAUGUGUACAAUGAAAUAUACUGCUGUAUUUUUGAUGUUGUGGGCCUAUAUUUCUGCUGGAGGUCCUGGACGUCUUGUUUAGACACAUGACAUCAUGGAUUCUAUCAAAUAUCAACAGAUAAAAAAUCAAUAAGUGACUGACUCUGUUAGAAAUCUUAUAAUGGGCCAUGUUUGGAUCUUCCAACCAUACAAUAAUCCAAAC